AUGUCAUCGAAUGGGCCUUACAAUUAUUCAUAUAUUUUCAAGUAUAUUAUCAUUGGUGAUAUGGGCGUUGGAAAAUCGUGCUUAUUGCAUCAAUUCACCGAAAAGAAGUUUAUGGCCGACUGUCCUCAUACAAUAGGCGUUGAAUUUGGAACACGUAUUAUCGAAGUGAGUGGACAGAAAAUCAAAUUACAAAUAUGGGAUACAGCUGGUCAAGAAAGGUCAACAGAUAUUUUAGAAAGUCGACAAAGAGCAUUAAGAUCCUAUAGGCACAAUUGCACUCAGAUUCUUUGCAAUAAGCAACUGAUAGAUAAUCGCAGAAAUUCCUCACAUAAUUCUAGAUUUCGGGCAGUGACUCGUUCAUAUUACCGAGGUGCUGCUGGUGCUCUGAUGGUUUAUGAUAUCACGCGACGUUCAACUUACAAUCAUCUGAGCAGUUGGCUAGCAGAUGCCAGAAAUCUUACGCAUCCAAAUACGGUGAUAUUUCUGAUCGGAAACAAAAGUGAUUUAGAUGGACAAAGGGAUGUCACAUUUGAGGAAGCAAAAGCAUUUGCAGAUGAAAAUGGUUUAACUUUUUUGGAAUGCUCUGCAAAAACUGGUGAUAACGUGGAAGAUGCUUUCUUGGAUACUGCAAGAAAAAUUUAUCAAAAUAUUAAGGAUGGCAGUCUCGAUUUGAAUCAAGCUGAUACAGGUGUUCAACCAAAACAAACUUUGCCUCGUUCAGCACAGUCAGCGGGACAAGAAGGAAAGAAUUGUAAUUGUUAG